AUGAGUUUCAAAAAAGGAUUUGGUAAAUCGGCACCAUCCUCUGCCCCAAAGCCAGGCACUGGCAUCUCUCUGUCUGGUUUUAGCUUUAAACAGCUGGAAGAAGAUGAAGAAGAUGAAGACCUGACAGCUUUCACUGGAAAAUAUGAAAAACUAGUAGAGGAAUCACAAAAAGCACAGAAGAAAAGCCAUGAGCGCACACCUUCUAAUUCUUCUGUUUCAUCAACAUCCUCAGUUCCAGGCGAGAUAAAAGCUUUAGAAAAGAUCACAUCUGAGGGGUUAACUGAAGGUGCAAAGCUCCCGUUGAAGCCUGCUUAUUCCCUACCUAUAGAAACAACAAGCUCGCCAAUCAGAACAGCGGCCAGAGCAAAAUUUGAAACAUCCAAAGAAUUAUUCUCGGGUUUGAAAGGGAGAAUUACUGAUAAAAUUUCCAGGACAAUUGAAGAGUUCUCUGGUGAAUCCAGUUCUAGUCCAAGUCCAGAGAAGGAAGCAGCUAAACCAAUUGGAUUACACAGAAGCAGUAGCUUUGGACCAGUACAGAAAGAAACUGUCACACUUCUGCAUUCCUCUCCGCCUAGUUCAGAAACAUCCUGUGUGUCAGAACAAAUCAGCACUAUUAAAAAUGAAUUUAAUGAGAAGCUACCACUAUCAUCUUCUACAGUAGAUUCAGAGACCCUGAAAGAAGAGAGCUUUUCUGUAAAGGAAGAGCUGAUACUUUCACCUGCAAUAGUACAAUCUUACUCUGCAUCAGUUAAAGAGACAGUUUUCAACCUUCCUUCUGAAGUCUCAGUAGAGGACCAUCCGUUAGCUAAAAUUGACCUUGAUGAUGACUUUGAGGAUGUGAUAGAACCUUCAGAUAUUGAAUCUUACGCUAGGAACCGACAAGGCAGUGGCCGUGUUAGUUCUGAAUUUUAUGACCCCCAAGAUGAAGAAACAAAUUCUAAAAUCCUAGUAUUUGAGGAGCAUUUCACCAGUGAUCCAAUUGAAGAUUUCACUGGUCAUCCUGCUUUUUUGACAAGCACACAGUUGAAGCCCCGCUCUAAACUAAAGCGCCUUAUCAAGAAAAAAGAGCCUAAAACAUCUGCUGUCGCUACAAUGUCUGGUUUACAUUACACUCCGGAUGAAGAAAUUGUUUCUUCAUUUGAAAGUAAACCCCUAGAACCACCACCUCAGGAAGCAGAAAAAGAAAGUAUUAACUCUCUUAGUAUAGAUACAUCCUGUGCAGUUGUCUCUGAGCCAACAAGUCGUACAAUUUUACGGCAGUUUAGUUCUGAAAGUCGAGGACUACCAUAUCAGAAACUGUGUACUGUAGCAGUUGUUUUGUUCGCCUAUUUUAUAGUUCCUUUGCCUUCAUAUCUUUCUGGAUUUAUAAUGGGUGUGCUGUUGGCAUCGCUAGGCUGGGCUCUGUAUAUGUGGCUAAUGGAGCCACCUCGGAUACCCGAACCUAUUCUACUGCUACCUAUAGAAGAUGAACCACCCCCUGUGCCUGAGAUGAAAGUCACCACUGAAGGAGAGGAGUUUUUGUACAAGGGCUGGAUGAAUGAGCUGACAGACUAUAUUCCUGAUGAUUACCACAUCAACAAAACACACUGUGUGUUUGUCAGCUUGGAAGGCUCACAUCUGCGCCUGCAGAGACCUAAAAAUCCAAUACCAAAACGUGCCAUGUGGGACGAGGUUCUUCCAAAACCACAGUUCAUACACCAGCGGCACUAUGACUUGCCUGGAUCCACCGUCUACCUGCUACCAAGGGGGCUGGUCAAGAAAAGAAUCUGGAGCAAAAAAUAUCCAAUCUGCAUUGCCCUGGCCAAUAAAGGUUCCUCACAUGAUGAUGUAAAAGUAAAGCAUGUUUCUUCUGAGCCAGUUAUGGGAGGGAAGAAGGAGAAACUGUCUGAUAUGGGCUUUGAGAUUGUAACAGAGGAGAAGUGUGAUUACAAUGUUCUUUAUUUGUUUGCUCGGACUGGCAGAGAAAAGGAAGAAUGGUUUAAACGGUUUGCUGCUGCUGCUGUGGGGAAACCCUUAGGCAGCCAUGUUUUGGAUAUGAAACGGGCUGUGUCACAGAGCAUUGCAACUCCAAAGAAAAACUCUGAGAGUAUGGCAAGACACAAACGAGAGGGGUCGGCAGAAUCUGUUAGCUCCACCACAUCACUCACAGACAUCCCAUCAGAACAUACCACCCAGAAGGAAACAGAGACAGUAGAUCUGCUCACAUUUGCACAUUACAUGGGUCGCUUGAUGCCAGCUGGUUCACUUUCUUGUGCACCAAGUCCUACCCACACAUCGUCCAGCAAAGAUCUUGUCAAGGACCCCCUUACCAAGGAAACAAGCAAGAGCUCUAACAGUAAAGAUCUAGAAGAGGCUAAACUGUUUAAUCCCAGUGGACCCAUCAUUUGUGACAGUCAGUUGUUCUGGAUCAAUGCCUUGAUUGGUCGUUGUUUCUUUGACUUUCUGCGCGACAAAUGGUGGAUUGGGAAAGUCACAGAAAAGCUGCAACGGAAGCUUAGCAAAAUACAUGUACCUUACUUCAUUGAAGAGCUCCAAGUGACAGAUAUCAACAUGGGCUAUGAAAUCCCAGGAAUCCGACAUGCUGGCAAACCAUAUAUUGAUGAGCGAGGAUUCUGGAUUGACCUUAGUAUAACUUACUCUGGAGGAUUUCAGAUGACGAUUGAAACUAAGAUGAACCUGAUGAAGUUGAAGAAGACACCACACACGUCAACUCAUGCAGGUCAUUCUGUAGACAGUGCUAAGUCACCAAUAACCGACUCAGAUGAAGAGGACAGUGCAGAGUCUUCUACUGAUGAAGAGGAGGAGACUCCCUCAAAUACAGAAGACAGUGCCUCAGGUGGAGGAGCCAGCAAGAAACUGCUGCGUUACCUCAACAAAAUUACCCAGUCCAGAUACUUUCAACAAGCCACAGAAUACAAGGUGAUCAAACGUGCCAUGGAGAACGUGUCCAACACACCCUUGACCCUGACAGUCACAGUCAACAGCUUGGUGGGCAAGCUUGCUCUCAAUAUUCCUCCACCACCAUCAGACCGGUUAUGGUACGGUUUCCGUGGAAAUCCACACCUACGUCUUUCAGCAAAACCUCAAGUUGGAGAACGUGCUGUGACAAUAACUCAUGUGGUUGAGUGGAUUGAGAAAAAACUGGCUGUUGAGUUUCAAAGAGUGUUUGUGAUGCCAAAUAUGGAUGACCUAGUGAUUCCCAUACUGGUGCCUGGGGAAGUCAAUGGGGUGCAACUGUCUCAUUCAGUUUCAUUAUAG